GCUAAUUUUUCUGCUUUUCAUUUCUUUUCUAGCUGGCUCUCUGUUCGAGAAUCCAACUUAAACGUGACUCGCCUGAGGUGUUUCCGAGAUGGCGGAUUCCGGUGAAUCUCAGAUGAAGAUAGUAAAUGGUGAAGCUGGUUAUGUGCUCGAAGAUGUGCCUCACUUGACUGAUCAUAUUCCUGAUCUCCCUACUUAUCCAAAUCCAUUACAAGACAAUCCUGCAUAUUCAGCGGUCAGGCAGUACUUUGUUAAUGUGGAUGAUACUGUUGCCCAAAAGAUUGUUGUUCACAAGGAUGGUCCGAGAGGGACACACUUUCGGCGUGCUGGACCUCGCCAGAAGGUGUAUUUUGAGUCCGAUGAAGUACACGCAUGUAUUGUAACAUGUGGUGGUCUAUGUCCUGGGCUGAAUACAGUGAUCAGGGAGAUUGUUUGUGGCCUUUAUCAUAUGUACGGUGUUACCAAAGUUCUUGGGAUUGACGGAGGAUACAGGGGUUUCUAUUCCAAAAAUACAAUUUCUUUGACUCCUAAAUUUGUCAAUGACAUUCAUAAACGUGGUGGUACUAUCUUGGGGACAUCACGAGGUGGCCAUGAUACGUCAAAGAUAGUUGACAGCAUUCAGGAUCGUGGGAUUAAUCAGGUCUACAUAAUUGGAGGUGAUGGAACUCAGAAAGGAGCAGCAGUCAUUUAUGAGGAAAUCCAAAGACGUGAGCUAAAAGUUGCAGUUGCUGGAAUCCCAAAGACUAUUGACAAUGACAUUCCCGUUAUUGACAAGUCCUUUGGUUUUGACACUGCGGUUGAGGAGGCUCAACGUGCAAUUAACGCAGCACAUGUCGAGGCUGAAAGUACGGAGAAUGGUAUUGGUGUUGUGAAGCUAAUGGGACGAUAUAGCGGCUUCAUUGCAAUGUAUGCUACACUUGCCAGCCGGGAUGUGGAUUGUUGUUUGAUUCCAGAGUCACCCUUCUAUCUUGAAGGACAAGGUGGCCUUUUUGAGUUCAUUGAAAAACGACUUAAAGAAAAUGGGCACAUGGUCAUCGUUAUUGCUGAGGGAGCAGGACAGGAUCUUCUUUCAAAAAGCCUGGAAUCCAUGGACCAGCAAGAUGCUUCAGGAAAUAAGCUGCUUCAAGAUGUUGGUUUAUGGAUGUCCCAGAGGAUCAAGGACCAUUUUUCAAAAGAGCAAAAGAUGAACAUCACUCUUAAAUAUAUUGAUCCGACAUAUAUGAUCCGUGCAAUUCCUAGCAAUGCAUCUGAUAAUGUAUACUGCACUCUCCUUGCUCAUAGUGCAGUCCAUGGGGCAAUGGCUGGAUACACAGGCUUCACAGUUGGACCUGUCAAUGGUCGGCAUGCUUACAUUCCUUUCAAUCGGAUCACAGAGAAGCAGAACAAGGUAGUAAUUACUGACAGGAUGUGGGCAAGACUUUUAUCUUCAACUGACCAGCCAAGUUUCCUGAGCGCCAGAGUUGCAAGUAAAGCCAAGGCACAGAAGGAACCUUCAACGUUGUCGGACGGAAAUAAUUUGAAAGAGACGAAGCAGUAAUUAGAGGCGUUACUACUUGUAAGAAGUUCGGUGUGGUGUUAGUGUGUUUCUAAGCAGUGGUUGCUUUUCUAACUGGAUUACAUUUUUGUCAUAAUCGAAAGUAUCUAGUCGAUGAAUAGUGAUCAAUAUUUUGACUAAGCUAUGUACUUGUUGCG